AUGAGGCAGAGUAAGAUGGAUGUGGAGACGAAUGUAGAAGUGUUGGAAGCAGAAGACGAUCCUAUCAGUUGUUGGGAGGCAGACAUGGUUGAGAAUUUUAAUGUGACAUGUCCGAAAGAGUGUUACAUUAUCUUUGAAGAUGUCAAUUCUGAGACGGAAAGCCUGCGUCGAGUGCAGACAACAGAAGACAUGAUAACUUUCAACCGGUGCAAGAGAGUUGACUUGGAAUGCUGCAUUCUACCCACUUCGACCCGGAAUUUGCGACAGACCAAUGCGGAAAUGCGGCGGGAGCUCGAGCAAUUAAAGUGGAAUAUACGACCGGGCGAUGACCAGAAUCAGAUGUCGUCAGCUCUAAUGCCAAAUAUGCAGCCACUAGAUCUUCAGAACAUCAAUGAAGUAGAGAGAGCCUCUGGGUCUUUCCUGAAUACCACAGACACGUCAGGCGAGCUUGCGUCGCUUUCGCCUUCUUUCGGGGAUGGUCCUGUGGCUUCAACAGGCAUGGGAGCCAAACUAUGCUUCCCCUUCCGAGGCUUUAGACAACUCUGGAGAAGCUCGAAGCCCUUUCGGAGGAAAGAUGGGCGAGUUGACUCUCUCGGGCUAAGACUGCGGACUUGGUUGAGCAUGAGUGUUAGUUUUGAUAUGUUUUGGUAUUGGAGAGAGGAGUUUGGGAAUAUGUCUAACCAGUACAGUGGAGAGGAAAGCAUUGCACCUCCGAAUAUGCAUACUGAACAAGCAACACCUCGUAAACUUUCAAGUCCGGCCCUCAGAUUUUCACUGCGACUAACAUACAUCGAAAGACCUAAUUCAAUAGGCAUGAACUUUGACACCUGGGAUGGAUCGAACUAUGAUGCACCGCCUAUGCUAGACCAGAUGUUCCCAGAUUACGAUUGGGCGACUAGCUUUGAUUUCUCAAACGAUUAG